GGACACACUACCUUCUGCAUUGAAAGCCAAGAAAAUGUUGCAUAUUGCUAUAGGUACUGCAAGCGAUGCUCUGAUCCUCUAGGCAACAUAAUAGCACACAUUCACACAGACCGGGUUGAAUCAGGAUCAAAAUUGAGUUUCCACCGUGGGUCAUAGGUAACAAAACUAGAGACAAUCAGAUUGAAUGGAAAACAAGUGGCUAAAGUUGCAGCAGGGGAGGUGGUCGAGCUGGUGGUUGAAGUCAUAGAUAGUAAUACGGAUUUCCAGAAGAUGUACCUAGCUGCUGAUUUUUUGGAGCCGUGCUCACUUGCCAAGGCUUUCGGUAUAAAAAGCUGCUUUGCAGCUUUAGUAAGGUAUUAGUUUAAUUUUCUUUGUCAAUUUAUUUUACAAGGUGGAUAUGAUACUAAUUGGUUUAUUUUUUGUUUUUUGCAUAUGGAUCUGGUCCACUACUCUGAAUUACAAUACAUAAAGCUUAGAAAUGAGUCUGCGUGGUAUCUUUGCGAACUUGGAUUCAGCUUGCUAUGUAUCAAAUUUGUGCUUACUGCUACGCUUGAGGACGAAAACGUGAGACAAGGCUGUUUAGGUUGGUACAUGUGUUCUACUUUACUUGAACAAUUAGACAAACUACCUUCUGCAUUGAAAGCCAAGAAGAUGUUGCGAAUUGCUAUAGGUACUGCAAUCGAUGCUCCGGGUCCUCUAGGUAACAUAAUAACACGCAUUCACACAGGCCGGGUUGAAUCAGGAUCUAAAUUGAGUUUUCACCCUAGGUCAUGGGUAACAAAGCUGAAGACAAUCAAAUUGAAUGGAAAACAAGUGGCUAAAGUUACAGCAGGGGAGAUGGUCGAGCUGGUGGUUGAAGGUCCCCUUGCUGAGAUGGUGAAAUGGGGAUCUGUGAUAACAUCUUCCUGUGAAGGUGUAGAUGUCCCUGACCCCGUGAAAGAAGCACUCUCUUUCACGGUGGAGCUUCUGGUCUUAGAUGUCAGUUUUACACAAAAGGCCCAACAAUAUCUUUGUACUGUUCAUGAGGCCGAUUUUACAGUUGCGGUGUCGUUUAUAUCUUGCUCGAUGAAUCGCAAGACAGGAAAAUAGAAUCCAGAUUCUUCUCUCACCCUAAAAGCGGGUGAAUUGGGAAUUCUUUUGUUUGUAGUUUGUGAAGCAGCACUGGCAGAGAAAGAGUCAAAGUACCUUUCCAUGGGACGCAUUACCAUACACGCUAAAUAUGAAAACAAGGCCACACCAAAUAAGACACAAUCAAUCAAUAGAAAACAGUGACCGCUGCAAUCAAUCUUUUGAAGCAUUUAACUGUGCUUGGUGUUUGAUGACUUCUUUGUAGCUUUUUUCUUAGUGGCUGAUUGGGAAGGGUUGCUCCACCCGGAGAAAUAACCUGCACUUAUGAGAAGGGUAGUUGAUUUCAAUUUAGUUAAAGAAAAAGCUAUAUGACAAGGAAUUGUGUCAACCACUCUUCUUUCAACUUCGAUUAUCACACCAACAGCAAGCAGCUUGUUUUCAUAUUUGGCGUGUAUGGUAUUGCGUCCUAUUGAAGGAUAAUUUGACUCUUUCUCUGCCAUUGCUGCUUCACAAACUACAAACAAAACAAUUCCCAAUUCACCCGCUUUUAGGGUAAGAAAGGAAUCUGGAUUCC